GAUGAAGAUAUUGUAGCUGCUUUUAAGCUUGUUAAUCCUACAAUUAAAUUACCAUCAUGUCACAAAUUAAGUGGAUCUAUUUUAAAAAAAGAAAAUGCUAAAGAUAUUAGUUUAGAAAGAAGUUGCACUUGUAAUAUAAGUUCAUUUACUGAACGAUAUAUUGAAGAUUUGGCUAUGAAAGAUAUUAAUGUAAUUGGUGUUGUUUCAGAUUCUGCAGAAGAAAAUGUUAAAUCACAGCAUGCAAAUUUAUAUAUGGGCAAUAUUUUUAAAUCUUCAGAAAGAUAUAAAGAAAUUUUAAAUAAAGCUAUAAAAAUUAUUGGCUAUUUUGAUACAUCUACUUACUUUUUAGGGCAACUACAUAAUCGACAAAUGCAUCUUUACAAUGGAAAAGCUUAUGCUUUAACAUCACCUU